AUGCCGCGCUCCUUCCUGGUGAAAACGCACUCCAGCCACAGGGUUCCCAACUACAGGCAGCUGGAGACGCAGAGAGAAAUCAAUGGCGCCUGUUCUGCCUGCAGGGGGCUGGUGGUGCCCCUCCUCCUCCCAGAUAAAGCAGCCUCAUCCACACCUGGUGACCCUCCCCGGCCCUGGGACUGCACCUCCAUCAUCGCCCGCAUCUCGCUGCCCCUUCCCCGCCAUGAGGAAGCGUGGGGGGCCUCCGGGCCAGACCCCCUGCAGGUCGGCCCUGUGCACCCUUGGGCCGGCCGGGCCCCCAGCGUGCCCCUCAAAGACAGCCUGAACCAGCUCAACCUGCCUCCGCGGCUGCUGCUGCCCACACGGUGGCCCCCGAUCCCAGGCCCCGCCGGGGACCAGGCCGCAGACAGACUGCCGGGGGGUGCGGCGCGGGCCCCCCGCGGCCCCGGCGGCUUCCAGUGCCCGCACUGCCGCAAGCCCUACCACACACUGGCUGGGCUGGCCAGGCACCGCGAGCUGCACUGCCGGCUACGGACGCCGCGCUGCUUCCCCUGCAGACACUGCGACAAGGAGUACAGCAGCCUGGGCGCCCUCAAGAUGCACAUCCGCACGCACACGCUGCCCUGCCCCUGCGCCAUCUGCGGCAAGGCCUUCUCCAGGCCCUGGCUGCUCCGCGGCCACAUCCGCACCCACACAGGUGAGAAGCCCUACACCUGCUCUCACUGCAGCAGGGCGUUCGCCGACCGCUCCAAUCUCCGGGCCCACCUGCAAACACACUCUGACACCAAGAAGUACCAGUGCAAGAGCUGUGCCAAGACCUUCUCCCGCAUGUCGCUCCUGGCACGCCACGCGGAGUCCGGCUGCUGCCCCGGCCCCUGA